GAGUGGAACCGGCGAAGCGCUCCUUCUGCCCAACUCCGCUGCCGGCUGCCGCUCAGGGGCGGUUCUCGGUUAGCUUAGCCCGAGGAGGUUGCCUGGCUCUGCCCUGCCCGGCCGACAUCCAAAGAAGAAGGGAAGGCGGGCGCACGCACGUUGGCUCCGGAGGUCUCCAGGCUGCAAAUUGCUUCAUUGCCCGCCUGAUGGAGAAUGUGACUAGUGCCCUACCUGCUGGAGCAGUGGCUGCUGUACUAAAGCCCAGCGCAGAACUUCCCAAAGGGAGCUCAACUGUACGUGGCUAUGAUUUUGACCAUGGAUUAGACUAUCAUGCCUUGCUCCAGUCUUAUCUCAACACUGGUUUCCAAGCUACCAGUUUUGGACAGGCUGUGAAUGAGAUCAAUCGAAUGAUAGAAGCAAAGUUGACACCAUUAGGGGAAGAUGAAGGAAAUCAUGCCGAUUUGAAUCCCUGUUCUCGCCGCCUGACUGGCUGUACAAUUUUCUUGGGCUUCACUUCCAACCUCAUCAGCUCAGGUGUUCGCGAGUCCAUCCGCUAUCUGGUGCAACAUAACAUGGUUGAUGUUUUGGUGACCACAGCUGGCGGCAUUGAGGAAGACCUGAUCAAAUGCUUGGCAGCCACUUACAUCGGAGACUUUAGCUUACAAGGGAAAGAACUACGACAGAGUGGAAUUAACAGGAUUGGGAAUCUCUUGGUGCCGAAUGACAAUUACUGCAAGUUUGAGGACUGGCUAAUGCCAAUCCUGGACCAGAUGGUGACCGAACAAGACACAGAGGGUAUGAAAUGGACUCCAUCAAAGCUCAUUGCUCGGCUUGGCAAGGAAAUCAACAAUCCAGAAUCAGUCUGUUAUUGGGCACAAAAAAAUAACAUUCCUGUCUUGAGCCCAGCAAUAACAGAUGGAUCCCUCGGAGACAUGAUUUUCUUCCAUUCCUAUAAGAAACCAGGUCUUGUGAUGGACAUCGUAGAAGACCUGAAACUCAUUAACAGCCAGGCCAUCUUUGCCCGGAAGACAGGAAUGAUCAUCUUGGGUGGAGGCCUUAUUAAGCAUCACAUUGCCAAUGCAAAUCUGAUGAGAAAUGGAGCUGACUUCUCCGUAUAUGUCAACACCGCACAGGAGUUUGAUGGUUCAGAUUCAGGAGCUCGGCCUGACGAGGCAGUGUCCUGGGGAAAGAUCCGUAUGGAUGCUAAGCCUGUCAAGGUCUACGCUGAUGCUUCCCUGGUUUUCCCACUGCUGGUUGCAGAGACUUUCGCUCAGAAACCAAAUGCUUUCGUUCAAGAAAAGAAAAAUGACUGAAUUGGGAACUGCUGCAUGAGGCAUUUUUUUUUUUGUUUCUGUUCAGAACUGCCUGCUUCCAUCCUGCUUCACAUCAGUCAACACCUAUGUUGAAAUUGCCGCGAAGAUCUCCCUAGAUGAAUGGAGAGCGGGACCUAUUUGACCAUUCAGACAGCAACUUCUACAGUCCCCACACUGGGCAGAAGUGGUUUUCCCAAUUGUCUGCAUAUUGUAACUAAAUUGGGAAGCAAUCAUUCUGUCAACCAUUACUCCUUGGCAAUGAUGGAUCUUCUAUUGCAAAAUAUAAUGGAGUUGAGAAGGUGUGAAGACCCUCAAUGGUGUGCUCAAUUCUUCCAAAGGAUUUUUAUGCAAUGGUGGAACACCUAGGCGUUCUGGAAUUUGAUUUGUGUGUUUGUGUGUAUGUCUCUUAAUGACUGAACCAGGCCAUACCUCCAAUCUGGUCUCUCCUGUCUUCUCAGUCAGCCCCUGAUAUUUAUUCCAGGUGUUUUAUGUGGAUUUGGCGAAGAGCCAUAAUUUUGUAAUAGUUUGAACAUAUGAUUAUUUCUUGUUUUUGGGUGCCUUUUUGCCAUCCAAAUGACUGUGACAUUUUGUGACUUUUUGUGCAUAUAAGAAUAGCCGGGUUUUUUUUUUAUUAUUAUUAUUAUUCUUUCUGGGGCAAAGUUCUGAGUU